AACGGAGGAUUGAACGAUCCUCGUAGUGCACACCAACUUACCUGUAUGUAAUUAUAUUUUUCGCACACACUCAAACGCGAUCUACUACACGAGCUGUAGAUAUAAGUCUUGCUUUUUGCCAAGCAUUCUAUCGGAGAAAUUCACUUGGAAAAUAUUUCUCGAUCAUUUUCAAGUUCAGUUACGUAAGUACGCGUGCGGGAGAAUUGGUGCGGAAUGGCGGAUGUUUGGUGGUGCUCGACGGCGAAGUGGCGCGCGGUUAUAAGCUCGCACCCGCUCCUCCGGCUGUCAGUUGCCGAUAGACCACCCUCGCAGACGUUGAUUUCUAGUUAUUAGUGCAGUGUGUGAACAUACGUCAAAAUAACAAAAUGUGUUCCGCUUUUCGGAUAGCCGUCGUGUCAGUUAUCUGUGUGGUCGUCGCCUCCGGCCACGUGCACGGACCCCGCAGAUCCCGCCGGAUGGAUGCCGAGGAUUAUGCACAAAACGAAAUCGACAGUGGAAGAGCCGAAGAGAGCUCGUGGUGGCCUUCGGCAGAGUUCGCCGUUUUGCAGAAAGUUUAUGACGACUGCAGUGCGCAAAAGCACCUGACGAUGUGCUUAAAGGGCAAAGCCCUGCACGCCCUCACACGGGCCGUGGAACAGGAGAGCGUGCAGCUCGCGGACGGGCUCACCCUGGUGAAGCAGGCGGACGCUCCCGCGGCGGUCGCGGAGCCGCGCUUCUUCCCUGGCAUGUCCACGGAAGACAAGCUCGAUAUGGCUCUGCGCACUAAAUUCGAGCAAUUGAUGAACUCGCACACCAUUUCGAUGGAUUUGGCUUCGGAGGGUAGAGGUAGAGGCAAGAAAGUGCUCCCCUACCUGCUGCUCGGUAUCUUCACCACCGUAAGCGUGGUGGGAGGCAUCGCCCUCAAGACGCUGGCCGCCAUCGCUGGCAAGGCGCUGAUCGCCAGCAAGGUCGCGCUCACGAUAGCCGGUAUCAUCGCCCUGAAGAAACUCUUCAGCCACGACGGCGCUCCCGGCGAAACUACCUUCCAAGUGCACGCUGAUGGACAUCAUAGUCUUUAAUUCGAAGGCGGAAUAUGUACGUGGUGAGGCCAGCGAAAGCAAGCGCGGUGGACCCAUACCGAUACUACGGCGAGCAGACGACGUCCACCGCCGCCGCCAGCGCGUAGCCCGCGCCGUCUCACCCGCCCUGACCCGCCGCGCCCUCGCCCACACAAAAACCUCAAACCAAAGUACCGUCCAUGCUAUUGGACAUCCUACUUAGACGAUUGGUCGUCCGCUCUCGUUGUCAAAUCUAUGUCAAUAAAUUAUUUAGUGUAAUUUAUUUAUUCGUGACUACGGUUGUAUGUUUAAAGUUAAAUAAUUGCAGAAGUGAUGUAAGAGAUAAUAAAAACAUGACACUGAA